ACUACAUCGUCCAUAACUCUUUGCAGGCCAAUGACAAAGCUCCACGCAUUUCCAACAUGGCUCCUGUUUUAGGAAGGGUUACUAGCGGCGAAGAGUAGUGUUGGAAUAAUCAAAAAAUAAAAAUAAAUAAAUAAAAUAGCAUGCAUGAAAUAAUCUUACAACCAGUGGAAUCGACAUACAGGAACAUUAAAUAAUGGCAACACCAGGAAUAGAGCAACUAUUUGACUUCCAGAGGUUGCCAAAGGAUGGCCUCUUUCUGCUCCUGUUCUUGCUGUACGCUCCAGUCGGACUGUGCUUGAUGCUUCUCAGGUUAUUUAUUGGCGUCCAUGUAUUUUUAGUGAGCUGCGCUCUGCCAGAUAGCCUUGUAAAAAGAUUUAUUGUCCGGGUUAUGUGCUCUGUUAUGGGAAUGUUUGUUAAGCAGAAUGAUCCUAGACUGAGGGACAAGAAUGUAAAAGUGUACAUCUGCAAUCACGUGACACAAUUUGAUCACAAUGUAAUCAACCUCCUGACAUCUUGUAACACACCCAUGUUGGAUGUCUCUCCUGGCUUCGUUUGCUGGGCCCGGGGGUUCAUGGAGUUUGGGCUCACAUCCAGCAGGUCUGAAAGGACAGAGUCUCUUAAACAGUACUGCUCAAUGGAGGGCAGCCUGCCUCUUUUGCUAUUCCCAGAAGAGGAAACCACAAACGGCAAGACUGGGCUCCUCAAAUUUAGUUCCUGGCCCUUCUCUGUUUCAGACUCUGUCCAGCCAGUGGCUCUGUCUGUCAAGAGGCCUUUUAUACCAGCGAAUGUUGAAGAGUCCUCCUGGAUGUUAGAACUACUUUGGACCUUUUUCAUCCCUUUCACCGUGUAUCAAGUAAGAUGGCUCCCUACUGUAUCCAGACAAGAUGGAGACUCCAGUCAAGAGUUUGGAAAUAAAGUGCAGGAGCUGUUAGCAAUGGAGCUUGGUGUUGUAUCCACGCAGAUCACUCGAGCAGAUAAAGCCGAGCACCUUAAGAGGAAAAGGCAUAUUGCACCUCGUACUAUAAACUCAAAUCAGUCACUAGGCGCAAGACCCAGGACUAUCUCUUUGGGGUUUAUGGCUAGUAACUCGAUGGAAGACAUGAGGAUUUCUGGGAUGGUUCAGCAGGUUAAGGAAGUGCUUCCACAUGUUCCCCUCAGUGUCAUCAAGAGAGAUCUUGUGCAAACAAACUGCGUUGACACGACCAUCACUAACCUGUUGGAGGGAGCAGAGGAAAUUAACUCAAGCUCCUUUGGUGGGUCGAGUGUGGCCGCUAUCCGGACUAGUUCCUUGAAUGCCAUUGGAGCCACAGCCUCGGCUCCUGCUUUGAAGCCUGCAGCUGAGUCAUUUGGGAAAUCUACAGCUGACAGACACAUGUCGCUGCAAGAUAGGAAAGAGGCCCUUUACGAAUAUGCAAGAAGACGUUACAUAGAAAAACACGGACUCAAUCAGCAAACGGACAAUACCCAGUGAUGUAAAGAGAAGAGGGUUUAACAAUACAGAUUAAUUUGUGUGGAAUAACAGCCAUUAUUGUCAAAGGAUUUUAAUAAACUGAAGACUUCAUGUCUGUGGAACAGUUGAUGUAAACAAGUGUGAGAAGUGACGUGUGUGUGUGGGGGUGGGGUGGGGGGUGGAACAAUAAAAAAAAAAAAAGAUUGGUUCCAUAGCAUACCAAAAGAUAUUAGCCAUUUUACCGUAUAUUAGAUCUAAAUAAAGACCAAAUAGCUCAA